GUACGAGUACCGGUACAAGUAUUCACAAAAUGACAUCACGAAGAGAAGAGGAAAAUUAUGAGUUUGUUGAACAGAUUAGGAUGCAAUACAGUUCGAAAGCUAGUUUCUUCCCUGGGAAGAAUUGGUGGUGGGCGCAGGUUCACGACGGCGAUGAAGUCGAUGCCUAAUAGUAUGACUUCAAUUCGACGACAGGAGGAACUACUUGAGUUUGACACACUCCAUGAACUUCAGACGUUAGCAUGUGAUGUGAGUUGAUCAUCCAAAUCGAUCUUGAYAACGAAGAACCAUGUGUGACCACUAACUAAUAGUUUUCAUUUUCUACGAUCCUUACUUUGGGAAAGGCUUACCCACAGAAUGAUCUUUAUGGCACUUACAAUGAAGAAACUUCUCAAUUUGAGUAUUUAAGCUACGGAGAAUUUGGAACGAAGGUCGAAGAAUGCCGUCUGGUGUUGAAGGAUCUCGGUGAGUUGAUGUGAAGCAGAGAAACGAGUUAAAGGUUGGCAAUUUCUCUUCUCACUUCACUUUUGUAGGCGUCAAUCAGCAUGAUAAAGUAGGGAUUAUUUCAAACAAUCGAUAUGAAUGGGCCAUGAUUGCUGCUGCCACCUACUCACUUAAUGCGACACUGGUACCUAUGUACGAAGCCCAGCUAGAGAAGGAUUGGCAAUAURUUAUCAACGAUUCAUCUGCGAGCGUGAUAUUUUGUUCAACCAAUCAUGUAUUCCAUCGACUUCAGAAGGAAGUACUCCAUACAACACCCCAUGUCCAUUCAAUAAUUUGUUUAGAUGCUGUUGACGGAGAAGAAUAUGGAUAUAAAGAAGCUACCGGUCGUAUCAUCGAUCAGAUGCUGUCCCCACGACAUAAUUCCAUAGUGAGUGCCCCAGAUGAAGAGGAUCUUGCUAACCUUAUUUAUACAUCUGGAACUACGGGAAAACCAAAGGGUGUUGAGCUCACCCAUCGUAACAUAGUUUCAAACAUAAAAGGGGGAAGAUCGAUAUCGGAAAACCCAUUUGAUUUACUAGACGAAUCGAGUAAAACGCUGGCCYUCUUGCCAUGGUUAGUAUCAUUCGUUGUUUCAUAAUUGCAGAAGCGGAUUCAAAUCUCUCAACUUCUCAUUUUCUCAUCUCUCUUGGGCGAAUUCUGAACGGCUGCGUGAUCGAAGGGCUCAUUCAUAUGGUCAGACAGUAGAGCUAUGGAUGGGAAUGUCGUUCGGAUCAAGUUGUGCAAUUKGUAGGGGAGUGCCGUUUCUUUUGGAAGAUUUGCAACUUGUCAAACCUACCGUUCUCUUUGCUGUUCCCACUCUUUACAAGAAAAUUUAUGAUGGCGUUCAGAAUAAAAUGAAGUCUGGGCACUACAUUCAGGACAAACUGCUGGAAAAUGCAAUAGAGAUUGGAAGUACAAAUGCCCAAUUUCAACGAGGAGAACGAGGUGUUCUUAGCUACUCCGAACAGGUCAAGUUUGAAGUUCUGGAUCGACUCGUGCUGUCAAAAAUUCGUGAUAGAUUUGGAGGUCAUCUCAAAUAUGGUUGCGUGGCGGGGGCUGCUUGCCCACCAGACGUUCUGAAGUUUAUGGACUCGAUUGGGAUCCCAGUCCUAGAAGGAUACGGCCUGACAGAAACCUCACCGAUAAUUACUCUCAAUUCUCUCAGCAAUCGAUCAAUUGGGAGCGUCGGACGUCCCAUAGAAGAUGUUCAGGUGUACAUAAUUGACAAGGAUGGAAAAACAUUGCCUCCAGGCGAAGAGGGAGAAAUCUGUUGUGUCGGACCMAAUGUAAUGAGAGGRUACUACAACAAUAAGGAAGCUACGGACGAGGUCAUCUGUGUCGCACCAGACGGGAAAUCAAGAAUGUAAGUAUGAAACAAUUUCCAAARUAAGACCAGGAUUUAURAAAACAAAUCAAAAUCGUGUCUAAUCAUUCCUGUAAAUGCUUCAGGUUUCGCACUGGUGAUUUAGGUUCAAUGAACGAGGAAGGGUGGAUCAACGUUACAGGUCGUAUCAAGGAGCAGUAUAAAUUAGAAAAUGGCAAAUAUGUGGUACCAGCUCCAAUAGAAAAUUCUAUUGGUAUCAGCCGGUUUGUCAGCCAAGUUGUCCUAGUUGGAGCUAAUAGACCAUACAAUGUCGCAUUGAUAGUACCAGAUUGGGCCGUUAUCCGUCAGGUCCUCAACUUCGAUCACGACUUAUCGGAUGUUGAGGUAGCUAACAACGAAGAAGUCAAGGAUUUGAUURACAAUGAAAUCCGCAUCAGUUGUUCUGGUCUGAAAAAGUUUGAGAUUCCACAAAAGUGGGCAUUUGUAGCGCCCUUUACUGCCGCAAACAACAUGUUGACGCCAAAGAUGAGUAUUCGAAAGCACAAUGUUGUAGAAGCAUAUGGUGAUCUUAUUUCACACUUGUAUGGAGAUGACCCAGUGAACUCAAAUGAUGCGGAUUGUGCAUUUACGUAUCAUGAAGCGGCGUGAAUGACGUAGAGGAACAUCCGCACUGUAUCUAUGCCAYAUAAAUUGCAAUUUCAAAGGUAGAUAAGAGAAGAAAUUAAACGUUUGCUUGCUUA